AUGACCUUCUCAUUUCAAUCAGAGGACUUAAAACGCGACUCUAAUAAAAAGUCUCAUCAGCACUUGUUCCCCUUGGCCAUGGAAGAAGAUGUGAAAAUAACAGACACCAAAAAAACAAACCGAGUCCUUGACCAUGAGAAAGAAAACACUCGCUCCAUCUGUCUUCUUGAGCAAAAACGAAAAGUUGUUUCUUCAAACAUUGAUGUUCCUCCAGCAAGGAAAUCUUCAGAAGAAUUGGACAUGGACAAGGUGACAGCAGCAAUGGUAUUAACCAGCUUGUCAACCAGCCCUUUGGUUCGAAGUCCUCCUGUGCGACCAAAUGAGGGCCUCAGUGGAUCCUGGAAGGAAGGAGGAUGUGUGCCUUCCAGUACCAGCAGCAGCGGCUAUUGGAGCUGGAGUGCCCCUAGUGACCAGUCCAACCCAUCCACGCCGUCACCUCCGCUCUCAGCCGACAGCUUCAAACCCUUCCGUACCCAGGCUCAGCCGGACGACGGCAUUGACGAGUCAGAAGCCAGCAACCUUCUCUUUGAUGAGCCCAUUCCUAGGAAAAGAAAGAACUCCAUGAAGGUGAUGUUCAAAUGCCUCUGGAAAAACUGUGGGAAAGUGCUGAGCACUGCGGCAGGCAUCCAGAAACACAUCCGGACCAUUCAUCUUGGGCGUGUUGGGGACUCUGACUACAGUGAUGGAGAAGAAGACUUCUACUACACAGAGAUCAAGCUCAACACCGAGUCAGUGGCAGAUGGCCUGGGCAGCCCUGCCCCAGUGUCUCCCUCCCAGUCCUUGGCCUCGCCUCCUACUUUCCCCAUCCCUGAGUCAAGCCGAACGGAAACUCCUUGUGCCAAAACUGAGACUAAACUGAUGACGCCCUUGAGCCGCUCUGCUCCCACCACCCUCUACCUCGUGCACACCGACCAUGCUUACCAGGCCACACCUCCAGUGACCAUUCCAGGAUCAGCAAAGUUCACCCCUAAUGGCAGCAGCUUCAGCAUUUCCUGGCAGUCUCCUCCAGUUACUUUCACAGGCAUUCCAGUCUCACCAACACAUAACCAUCUGAUGGGCACAGGAGAGCAGAGACAACACACUCAUACCGUCCUGUCCUCUCCACCCAGAGGAACUGUCAGCCUAAGAAAACCCAGGGGAGAGGGCAAAAAGUGCCGGAAGGUGUAUGGCAUGGAGAAUCGAGACAUGUGGUGUACCUCCUGCCGCUGGAAGAAGGCCUGCCAGAGGUUCAUUGACUGA